AUGUUACUAGAGGAGCAAAAAAAGCUACUGUCAGACGUAGUCAAUACGGUUAGGGCUUCCUCUACAUUAGCUGCUCAGGAUGUAGACUUUUAUCGCAGUUUGGAUUCAGAGGUAUCCCAUUCGAUUAAUGAAGUAACAGAUGAGCUCAAUGAUAUGGUCAAUAGCAUUAUUUUGUCUAUCGAUGAAAAUUAUGAGACAUUAGAUGAAGGGAAAGAGGAACUCACGGAGUCUUGGAAGAGUUUGAGCAACAUUGUUGAUAAUUUAUUUGAGAAAUCAGAUCGUUCAUUAGAUAUCUUGAAAACAGGCGCAAAGAAAAAGCCUACUAAUCCACCAUUUGAGUACUUUGAGAACGCCACAACAACAGAAAAUAUUCCCCAAAAGCGUAUUAAUAAACCACAGCUUAAAUUUGUUCCACCUAUUGAUAAUAGUGAAUCGCACCCUUUCAUUCCAUUGCUAAAGGAAAAGCCCAAUGCAUUAAAGACAAUCGAUGAAAGUACGAAGUUGAUAAACUCGGAUGAGAAUGUUCCAGAGCAUUAUGCCCAUCCAUACGAAUAUGAAAUUGAUAAUCAGCCAUAUAAUGAUUCUAUUUUACAGGUGAGAGAACCAAUUCCUUCAAAAUCCUGGUCAGAAACAGAGGGAGUGUGGGUCGACAACGUCGAAUCCUUGAACCACAUGUUGAAUGAUAUUAAAAAAUAUACUGAAAUAGCAAUCGAUUUAGAACAUCAUGACUAUAGGACAUAUUAUGGUAUAGUUUGUCUGAUGCAGAUUAGCACAAGAGAAACUGAUUAUCUUGUUGACACCAUUGCUCUUCGUAACGAUUUAAAGGUCUUGAAUGAAGUAUUUACCGACCCCUCAGUUGUCAAAGUCUUACAUGGUGCUUUCAUGGAUAUUAUAUGGCUACAAAGAGAUUUAGGACUUUACAUAGUAAGUUUGUUUGACACUUUUCAUGCUUCUAGAGCACUCGGAUUUCCUAGACAUAGUUUGGCAUAUUUACUAGAAGAAUUUGCCAACUUCAAGACUUCAAAAAAAUAUCAGCUAGCAGAUUGGAGAGUAAGACCACUUUCGAAGGCCAUGACAGCAUAUGCUAGAGCCGAUACACAUUUUCUAUUAAAUAUUUACGACCAGCUAAGGAAUAGGUUAGUGGAAACCAACAAGCUUGUUGGUGUUUUGAACGAAUCUAGAAAUGUCGCCAAAAGAAGGUUCGAAUAUUCCAAGUUCAGACCGAGAGUUCCUUCUCCAAAUGUUUAUUCUGCUUUGGAAAAGGAGGAUCCUUGGAGAACAUUAAUGUUUCAAUAUAAUAUUCCUUCAGAAAGGGAAGAUCUAUUGAAAGGCUUAUUCGAAUGGAGAGAUAUGAUUGCAAGAAGAGAUGACGAGUCGCCAAGAUACAUUAUGCCAAACCAAUUAAUGGUCACUUUGGUUGCCUAUACACCAACUGACCCCGCUGGAGUCAUUUCAGCCAGCCAGGUAGUAACGGAUUAUGUGAGAUCUAAUUCCAAAAUUAUAGCAAACUUGAUAAAAAAUGCUUUAACUCGUGCUAAGGAUCAGAAUAGGCAGCUGCAAUUUGUUGCAGAUAAUCACACGAGGGAGUCCUACAGAAGCACAGAUAAGAUGACAGUUUCUCAAAUAAAAGAAACAGCUUCCGUAUUCAUUCAGAUUGCUGAAAAGCUUGGUACAUGUAACAAUGAUCAGCAGCAAUCUAAAUCUUUUGCCAGAUCAAACUAUUUUGGUAGUCUUUCAAAGAAGCUAGAUAUUAUUGAAUAUAAAAAUGGUGAAAAGCAUAGUGUGAAACAGCAGCAAUUAGUUAGCCGCUUCAACACAUAUACGAAGCAGGUAAACGAAUUAACAAACGUUAGAUAUGAACUGCCGGUUCACAAAGAACCGCCCCAAUUGCAAAAAGACGAUGUUGAAGAAGUAAAAAAAACCAUUAUUGCUGAUAGCAUACCAGCUAAGCCUGAGAUAGACCUUGAUGAAGUUGUUGUGCUAAAGAAGGUGAACAGGCAACCCAAUAAGACUAAACUAGAAGAAAAUGAAAAAAUAGAUUUUAUAGACUAUUCAAAAAGUGAAAAGAUUUUGAAAGGUGACAAACAAAGAAAGAAGAGAGAAUCAAAGAAAAGACAGUUUGAUCCAUUUGCUGCCAGUAAUGAGGGUCCAAAAGCAGCUAGAAAAAGAAAAUCUGGCACGAGAGGCAGAAAUCUCUCUUAUAAAUGA